UGCCCGGUUUCCAUGGCAACGGGAUGAGGAGAUGGCAGCGAGCAGCCGGCGUUCUCCCACUCCCUCUCUCCUCAGCUUCCCCUCGCCUCUCGAACUCCCGCGCACACUAAAAAACAGGAUAUCGUUCCAGAAAUGAUUUCACUCUUUAAUCCGUGAGCCGAGGAUGAAUGACUAUCGCCUGGUAGCAAAGAUAGGCGAGGGAACAUUUUCCGAAGUCUGGAAGGCACAAAGCUUAAAAAAUGGGACCUACUACGCCUGUAAAAAGAUGAAACAGUAUAUUGAAAGCUUGGAGGAAGUGAACAACAUACGUGAAAUUCAAGCCAUGCGCAGACUGAGCUUGCAUCCUAAUAUUCUUCAGUUACAUGAUGUGGCAUUUGAUAAAAAAUCUGGAUCUCUUGCUCUAAUAUGUGAACUCAUGGACAUGAAUAUCUAUGAACUGAUACGAGGGCGAAGGCAUCCUUUAUCUGAGAAUAAAAUAAAGAGUUACAUGUAUCAGCUAUGUAAGUCCCUUGAUUACAUGCACAGAAAUGGAAUUUUUCACAGAGAUGUAAAACCAGAAAAUAUCUUAAUUAAGCAGAACUUACUGAAGUUGGCAGAUUUUGGUUCCUGUAGGAGUAUCUUUUCAAAGCAACCGUAUACAGAAUAUAUUUCGACCCGAUGGUAUCGAGCACCAGAAUGCCUUCUUACUGAUGGAUUCUAUGGCUUCAAAAUGGACAUCUGGAGCACUGGCUGUGUUUUCUAUGAAAUAACCAGACUUUUCCCCUGUAGCUUACAACCACUUUUUCCUGGUUCUAAUGAAGUUGACCAAAUUGCAAAAAUACAUGAAGUUGUUGGCACUCCAAACUCUGAAACUCUCAGAAAGUUUAAACAAACACGGGCUAUGAGUUUUGAUUUUCCAAGGAAAAAGGGAACAGGAAUAUCAUGCCUCAUUCCUCGCACUUCUGCUGAGACUAUUUCAUUGAUGGAUGCUAUGAUGGUGUAUGACCCAGAAGAACGAAUCACUGCUAAGCAUGCAUUGCAGCAUCCGUAUUUUCAUGACUUGAGAUCGGCAGAAAAACAAGACCGGACCAUGCACCGUACAGUUAAAUGCGUAGAAGGGAAUGCAAACAAUUUAAGCCCAGGUGUGGUUCACAAUUUAUGGAAAAUCCACAAAGGACGGAAACGGGGUAUCCCUAUACGGCGUCAAAUUCCCGUGGAGCUGCCAAAGCUGAAUGUGCCAGGAACAACAAAGCGUGCUGGUUACCACAGUCGAACUUUAAAGCCAGUUUUUCCAACAGUAUCAGUGCCUGAAACUGGAACUCUACCGCAAGUCUCAUCUGUACAGUAUCUUGGAAAAAGCAAGUGUCCAAGACCAUGGAAUUCUACAACGAAAUGUUACAGUUUACCCUCUACAGAAAGAAAGAGUGAUGGCUACUGAGAACAAUUACAAUUCAAGAGUAUUCAAUAACCAUUCCUUUUCAAAAAUUCUUGUAAUGUUUUUUAAAUGUUGCAAAAGACCAUAUUUAUGUCUUCCACUGGAUUACAGGCUGACCAUCAGGUUUGUGCCUUUUUUUAACUUCAGUUUUUAAUCAAGUGAAGCACCAGCCCAAAGUUUAUUCACUUGAUGCCAGAAAAUAACAAAUAUUUUUAGAAUGGAAAUGCCAUAAACAAAAUGGCAUUUGAUGUUAAUCAAAAAAAGGCACUUUAUUUUCAAACUGGUUACCAUUUUAGUUAACAGAUUCAUCUAAAUGUAGACAUUUACUGAUCAAAAGCUGAAGAUAUGGAUUAAUAUUUGCAAAGAGUUAUAAAUGUUCCUUUUCUGAGAAAUCUAUGCCGACUCAACGUGGAGCAAAUUUGCACAAACAUCAAUCCUAAACCAUUAUCAGUUUGUCAGUAAAAUUUCACUUAUAUAUAUAUAUAUAUAUAAUCAUACAGUAACAUUUACAUUCUCACUUUCAUGGAAUUUAUGAGUGCAGACAUUUUAAUUAUCUUCAGGCCAAAUUGCUACAUUGAAUAUCUAUGUACAAUGUUGCCUCAACCAUUAAAUACUAUUUUUGUUUUGGAAGGUUGCAUCACAUUAAUGGACAAACUAGAUUACCAUACAUGGGGACAUUGGUAAACUACAACCAUUUUAUUUGUUUUACAUCAUACAGCACAUUUAUAUAUGUUUUAAUAACAUUUAAUUCCCUUUUUGGAAAUUGUUCUUCAAUAAAUUUCUAUUUAUCAAA